GAGCGAGCUGGCAAUAACGUUAUUGAGAAACUGGAACAUUAUAUACGACUUUAUUUCCAUGACACAGGAUUCAUGUUAUAGUUAACAAUAGUAAAAUAAAUCAUUUUAAAAGGUAAUAUAUGAUGUUUUGUUUGAAUUAAGGAAGGCCGGGACCGAGAGACAAAAUAAACCGAAGACAGUUGUUACACAUGUAUCUACACUAACAUGUGGCAAUGUACAGCCGAGAGAAAAACUAUCAGAAAAUCACCACGAAUAUUCAUAGUAAUCUCGGUCAUAUUUUGCAUAUUUCUGAUGUACACAAAUAUGAACAAUUCUAUUAGCACGUAUACCGAGUUUCAGCCAACAUAUAAAAGAAAAGUUACAAACAUGACACAAAAAAGUGAUUUUUUUUCGAAAGAUAAUGUCUUGAAUUAUUCGACGGACAACGUCUCGUUAUUUUCCAAUUUGGAUUAUGACCCGAAAGCCGUUAACAAUAGCCGCCUGGAAAAUGAUAUAUUCGAAUGGUUGCUUGAUUUUAAAACAGAUGUAAACGAUACGAUCACAGAACUUACAAAUGCAUCCGAAAUUGAAAAAAAAUCGGUCUUGACCACUAAAUUGACAAACACGCCUUCAUUAAAACAUUCGCCAUUCACGGAGAACCAAUAUGGUAACAAAGAUACGGACAUUCGGGGACAGACAUAUUUAUCCAGGGUAACCAAUUGGAUGAAGUUUAAGAACAGACCAUCUUUUGGAAAACAAAAUCUUCAAUUACUUUCAUUGUUCCCUUUUUUUAAUACUUUCAACAAAAGUGCCUAUGAUAUAAUGAACAUGGAACCAUUGACUUUUGAUCCGGCAUAUAAAAAUCCUUGUUUUAAAGGAACCGAUUCAACUCCUAUUAAAGACGGACAAUUGCACUGUUUACCUUAUUUUUACAUCAUUGGUGUAAAGAAGAGCGGAACAUCUGACUUGUACUCCAGACUGAGGCGUCAUCCUGAGAUAUGUACUCCCUCGUUUCCAAAGGAAUCACAGUGGUUUUCUAGAUUCAGAUUUGGUAUCAAAGCUUUUUCCAUGAACGUUAGAAAAAUUCAUGCCAUUUUUCAAAGAGGCAUUGAUCCGAGGAAAGUUGAUUUUUUUAUAAGUCUGUUUGACAGUGCGGCAAGUUGUAUACAACGAAGUCCAUCAAGAGAUGUACAUGAUUCCUUACAUUAUAACAAGAUUACAGUUGAGGCAAGUCCUUCCACUCUUCAUAUGCAAACAAAAUGGGAAAUGUUACCCGGCAACGAAAAUAUAUCAGAACCACGUUACACCAACUUCAAUUAUAUCAAACAUAUCACGCCAAAUGCUAAAAUCAUCAUACUUUUUAGAAACCCUACAUCAAGACUUUACUCGGACUUUCUACACAGCACUGGAGGAAAGUAUGGCAACUCCUCAGCAACAGUUUUUCAUAAAGAUGUUAUUGAGAUUAUCAAAGCCUAUAAAAAUUGCUUUAAUCAUUUUUCUCAUAGAAGCUGUGUAUAUAACAAUACAUUAAAGAGCAUACUUCGUGAUAAAAGACUUGAUAUAGCUGAAAGUUUUAAUGCUGGAUUUUAUGCUGUGUUUAUGAAAGAUUUACUAAGUGUAUUUGGAACAUCUCAGAUUUUACCAAUAUUGAUGUCAGAUUACGUCACGAAGAUGAAACAGACAUUAGAGAGCGUUUUUGAUUUUCUUGACAUAUCGUCAGUAGGCUCGCUUGCAAUGCGACGAAUCUUAAACCUAAAAACGAAAAAUGUAUCAACAAAAAAGAGAAGGUCAUGGCCAAUGUUAGAGUCAACCAAAACAAUUCUAGACGACUUUUUCAGACCUUUUAACGAAGAUAUGGCCGAAGUUAUGAAAGACAAGAGAUAUCUGUUUCUAGACUAA